AUGGUCGCCACAUGCGCAAAUGGGCAAAACGAUAUCGUGAAAGGUUCCAUCUGCGAUUUGGUUGUGAGAGUUCCGGCAGGCAAACAGGCCGUCUUUAUCAAUGUGGACGAAACUAGCAUAUCUCUGGCGCGGCCAGACCUCAAGGGCAAUAUCGUGCCCGGAAAGUGCUCCUUGCAGCGGAAGGGAAAGCGUACAAGGGGUGCCUUGACCCACGUGGCCAGCAUUUGCAACCGAUCCGACAUCCAGCCGUGUCUUCCGCAAGUGAUCUUGAGCAACACACGUGUUGUGAGUCAGAAGCUGGCCAAAUCGUUGUUGCCCCUGCAGCCGGAAACAGUGCGAUUGGUACGGGGCAAGACUGGCUGGAGUACAGCUGCUUCCUUCGUAGAGUAUUUGAAAAUGCUUCGAGACGCACUAUCACUGUGGCCAGAGAUUCAACCCAUCCUCGUGAUGGAUUGUGCUCCAGCCCAUCUUGCUGACAGCGUGAUAGAAGCUGCCAAUAAUCAAGGUUUUUUUACAGCUGUUUGCCCCGCCGGCCUGACGCCUCUGCUCCAACCGCUAGAUGUAUAUUGUUUCCAGGGGUACAAGCACUAUUUGGCAGAGAAAACCAGAGACGCAGUAGACUUGUCCAUGUCUUCACGGAUGCAAAUUUUGUUUGGAGCCUGCACGACUUACUUGAGUCGUCGGAGUUGGAAGUUUGCUUUUGGCCGGCUUCAACUAACAGAUGAGCAAACGCCUGUGUCUCGGGGCCUGCAGGAUGUAUUUCCUGCCGGUUUGCCAACGUUGGACCCGCAGAUGCCCACCCAUGAAGAUCUUGAGGACCUUUUCCCGUCUCGCCGUACACUGAAUCACAGUGAAUGGAUUCGUGUUCCACUUCGCACGGGAAGACUGCGACUUCGUGUGUAG